AGGUUAGAAGGCGGAGCUUCUCGGUCUUGUUUAGGGUCGUUCUUAAACCCAUUUUGAGGCUCUUUCAUGUGUGCCGUCACGACUUACUUCUCUGCCAUCUUUCUGCAUUUGUAGUGGGAGGUUAGGCACUAAAGUGAAGAUGAGCGCCAUCCGCAACCUCUGGACUCUACUGGUGAUUCACAGCGUAUUCGUGUGCGGCGACAUUCAGUUCCUGGAGAGGCAGGAGGGUGAUUCAGUGGAGCUCCCCUGCGCCAUCGAGCCCAGGAGCCGCUCAACUUUGGGCUUCUACUUGAAGCGCACGUGGCUUCACCCAGGCUCAGUACUCUUCAAAUACACCGGCAGCGAUGCGCGCGUGAACGCCGCCGCCGACGAACGCCGCCUGGCGGUCGGAGGUGACCCGAGCAGCCACUCUCUGACCGUCACCUUGUCCGAGCUGACGGUCAACGACACGGACCGCUACUAUUGCGAGUUUGUGGUGGCCAACCCGUCGUCUGAGGACGAACGCGUGCCGGGAGACACCGAAUUUUUCCUCCUGGUCAAUGCCGUGGAAAUAGGGCGUAUUGAGGUUUGUGCGGGGGGCUCGGCCGUCAUCUCCUGUCUCCCCCCUCGCGGCGAGGACCUUCCGGUGGAGGGCGUGAGCCUGACGCGGCGGAGGGGCCGAGCACCCGCGGAGCUGCUCUACCACACCAAGCGGCACCUCGGUGACGGGCCCGCGUCCGCCUCCGCCUCCUCUUCAUCUUCGCGCUUCCAGCUGCGGUCGGCCCCGGGCCCCGGGGGCUUCACGUACAACCUCACCCUGCGACAUCUGCGGCCCGAGGACGGCGGCCUGUACAGCUGCCAGCUCCUCCUACGCGGCCGCCCCGACACUCGCGUCUCGCUAGACACGAGGCGAGCCGUCUUUGUUUCGGUGGAAGGAGGUCCAUGCGGCUGCUCCAACUACCCAACUCUGCUGUACGCGUUGUCCUCGGCGGUGUUGGUCCUCAUCGUGCUCCUCAUUUUAACGCUCAUCUAUCACAAACGAGCACGCACCCGAGCCGCCUCACGCCCUCCGGCGCCCAUCUACGAGGAGAUGGCCGGCGUGAAGACCCUCAGCACCAAGCUGGAUGAUUGCGAGGUGUCCGAGUACAGGAACUGCAAAAGGAAGAAAACCUGCCCGGAAAACCAUUACGAAACUCCCAUUAGGUCAGCUUUCUAAAUAUCACGAGUUCCUGGUCGUAAUAUUACUACUUUUUUUUCUUUUUUAAAAAGAAAUACACAACUCACAAAAAGAGAAAAAAAUAUAUUCUUUUUUUUUUCCUUUUUAACAAGAAAUACACAACUCACAAAAAGAGAAAAAAAUAUAUUCUUUUUUUGAGCUUUUUCAUCCAUCCAUCCAUCCAUCCAUCCAUCCAUCCAUCCAUUCUCUACCGUUUAUCCGGGUCGGGUCGCGGGGGCAGUAGCUUCAGCAGGGACGCCCAGACUUCCCUCUCCCCAGCCACUUCAUCCAGCUCUUCCGGGGGGAUCCCGAGGCGUUCCCAGGCCAGCCGAAGGAUGUAGUCUCUCUAGCGUGUCUGGGUCAUCCCCGGGGUCUCCUCCCGGUGGGACAUGCCCGGAACACCUCACCAAUUUAAUUUUUCAAUCAUAUUUAAAGUUGUCGUGACGACAUUUAACAUGGGAAGGACGCAAUUUAAAGUCACGGUGAUGAGAUUAAAGUCAUCAUGAUGACAUUUAAAGUCAACAAUUGAUGCGAGGAUCCCGGUUAACAGUGUUAACAAAUAACAUCAACAAUUGAAAACAGGCGGUCACGUGGGACUCGGCUGCUACGCCAGGAUACGCUCACGUCAAUUGUUAAUUUUGAUGUUAACUUUACAUUAACCAGGAUCCUCAUGUCAAUUGUUGACUGUAAAUGUCAUCAUGAGGACUUCAAAUAGCGUCCUGUCGACUUUAAAUGUCAUCAUGCUGACUUUUGAUCACAUCUCAGCUAUUUUUCUCUCUCUCAUUAGGUGACCCUAAUGGGCUGUUGUACAAUUAAGAUCUUUUAAAACAUUUUAAAAUCUUCUUUCAAAUAUUUUACAUGCACUGUACGUUCUUUUAGUAAGCUGUCUUUCAUUUCUGGACUUUGUUUUUAAAUGGUUUUUUUUUUGCUCAGUUUUUAAAUGGUUUUAAUCAUGUCAUGUCAUAUGAAAUGCGCUAUCUAAAAACUGCCUUGAGAUACGAGUGACCAGUCGGGGCUGUGAACUCAACUCACGUCACAAUAAGCAGUUGGCAAUAGAUGGUGAACAAUUAAUAAUAAUAAUAAUAAAAAGAGAGACUUUGAGCUGUU